AUGCGAGACUUUGCGGUGGUGGACGCCCAGCUUUACUCCAUCGAGCUGUGCCACGACCCGGGCAAGGGAGAGGAAAGUCGGGCAGAGGUGUUUCCCCGCUGGCACCAGCUGCCCUUCAGCAAGAUGCCCACCUUCUACCGGAGCAAGCCUUUCAACCUCGAGGCCAAGUACCUGCAGGAGGCGGCGGUGCCCCACGCGGACCUGCAGCCGGGCAGGUUCACGGUGAACAAGGUCGUCUCCGCGGCCGGGGGCGAGGCGUUCAGGAUCAAGGAGAAAUUGCGUCGCAACCUGCGGGACAUCUUCUCGGUGGUGUCCGCCUCGGACCGCAAGCCCGACGGUCGACAGGCAAGUGCUGGGUGUGCAAACGAUGGCGACCUAGCGGCGGCGGGGGCGGCGACUGGCGAAGAGGCACCCCCGAACCAGGGAGGAGACCCCGACAAAGUGGCCGAGGACGAACCUGUCAAGAAGGAGAAUUGGCCCAGCCCAAAAGACAAGCAAGCCAAGGCCACAGAGCUCCCGGUGGAGGGCCGGGUGCCCCAGCUGAGCGCCUUCGAAAUGGACCAGCUUGUGAAGAGCGAGGUCAAAAUGGUCCACACGAACCGCAUAGAGAAAGAGCGACUGAUUUGUCAAGAAAUGGGUUUUGAGUCGGACCCUAUGGACUCCAAGAGACGUGAAAGUUUGCGUGACAUACUGCUCGCUAGCAACGAAAAGCUUCGGAAGGUCAAUGAGGAGAUAGAGCCCCUCAUCGACGACAACGACUUGGAGGAGGACUACAACACCGUGGCUGGCUUCGAGGACGAGGUCGCAAGGAUUAUCAGUGAGGUUCGAGAACAGACGACACCGCAACCGCCACCCUCCGGAGGCGACAAAGGCAGCAGCUCCUACUUGACUGGAAUCAAGCUCCCGAAACUACAACUGCUGCACUUCCAAGUGCUACAGUGA